UCAGACCUCUCAACAUUACAACUCAAAAAGUUGCAAACAUGUCCCUCGCCAUUCCAUUAGAGGAGCAGUUCAAGUGCUGCAUCUGUCUGGACAUCUUCACCGACCCGACCUCCAUCCCAUGUGGUCAUAACUUUUGCCUGGAGUGCAUUGAGGGAUUUUGGGAUACUAAGAGAAAGACUGAGUGUCCUCUGUGCAAAGAGAAAUUUAAAGAGAGACCACAACUGAGGAUCAACCUGGUAUUUGCUGAAAUCAUUGAGAUCUACAAAAGGGGUCAAGAGGAGAGUUCAAACCUGGUGACGCCACCAGGAAGCAGGAAAAAUUCCCUGAACCCACUUUGCGGGGCUGACCAAGUUCCCUGUGAUGUUUGCUGCGGAGACAAGUCCCCAUCGGUCAAGUCGUGUCCGACCUGCCUGCUGUCUUAUUGCGAACUUCACCUCACGCCACACGAGAGGGAUGCGGCGCUGCAGAAGCACCAGCUGAUGGAUACGGCCACCUUCAUCACCAAUCACCACUGCGGAAAACACAGGAAGCCGCUGACCAAGUUCUGCACCAGCGACCAGAAGCCUAUUUGUGUGAAAUGUUCGGAGAGGAGACACAAACACCACACCAUAGUACCGAUAGAGGAGGAGAGGAUCAGGGUCAAGACCUCUAUAAAGGACACGAAGGAAACCAUCAAACAGAUGAUCCGGACCAGACGCAGAAAGAUGGAAGAGAUCAAAAACUCUGUGGAUCAAAGCAAAGAAAUCACAGAGAGGGAGAUCCAGGGCAGUGCUAAGGUCUGCAGCUUGCUGAUAACCGCCAUCGAGAAGAACCAGGCCAGGCUUGUGGAGGAGCUGGAGCAGAAGCAUCAAGAAGCCGAGAAGAAAGCCACGGAGCUGUUGCAGGAGCUGCAGCAGGAAAUCAGAGAGCUCCAGGCGAGGGGCAUCGAGCUGGUGGAGCUGAAGAAAAGUCAGAGCUUAGUUCACCUCCUGCAGAGGUUGCCAUCUCAAAGUCAACUCCCAUCCACCAGAGAGUGGUCCGAGGUGUCGGUCUACUCUGAUCACUGCAUGGGGACGGUGACCAGAUCCUUCUCCGAGCUCAUUGAUGUUUGCCAGGAUCUAUUAGUCAAACUGUCUGAAGAUGACGUAGACAAGCUGAAUGAAUAUGCAGUCGAUGUCACUCUGGACCCUGAGACUGCUUCAGGUUGGCUCGCCCUUUCUCCAGACAGAAAGAAGGUGUCUGUCGGCAGCCAGAAGAAUAAUUUAGUCCUGGACAAUCCUCGGCGGUUCGACUCCUGCGUCUGUGUUUUGGGGAAACAAAGCUUUGCUACCGGAAGGCGCUACUGGGUUGUUCAGGUCGGUUACAAAACAGACUGGGACCUCGGCGUGGCCCGGGAGUCCAUCAACAGGAAGGGGGCGAUCGCGGUGCGUCCCGACAGCGGUUACUGGGCCAUCUGCCGGCGGAAAGGCGGCAGCCUCAGCGCCUGCGCCGGCCCCUCCGUCGAGCUCCGCCUCCAAGAAACGCCCCAUAAAGUGGGCGUGUUCCUGGACUACGAGGAAGGCUCCGUGUCCUUCUACGACGCAGAAGCAAAGACCCACAUUCACACCUACAGCGGGUGUGACUUCAAUGAGCCUCUCAACCCGUACUUCAACCCCUGUGUUCCAGACGAGGGAAACGUCGCCCCGUUGAUCAUUUGUCCUCUGGAGGAAGGAGUCCACUGAGUUCCCUGUGUGACUUGGUAUGAGAAAGGAUGAUGCAAAGGUUCAUUAUUGAAGUUUAUAACACGGGUAGAUUAAAUCCAGCAUUGUGAUAGGUACAUGAACUGUGAAAUGCUGAUAAGUAUCAUAAAUGGGUAAUUUAUCACUUGAGACAAAUUGUUUGACUGCAAAUAAAGGUUAUAUUUUGAAAUAUGUAUGUGAAUAUUUGUAAAAUUGUCUUUUAAGGGUUGUAUUGCAACCCUUUUGCCUAUUAAAACGUGAGGUUACUGUGGUUGGUGUUGAGGUUGUUUUAAUGUGUUAAAUACUCAUACAUCUCUAAUAGUCCUUUUUUAUGUUUUCCAAACAUACACCUCGGUUUCUUACACAACAUGAAAUUAACACAACACUCUUCCACUCUCUCUCUGUCACGUUCGCUCUGUCACGUUCACGUUCCACCUCACUCUUCCACGCCCAUGCUGACACGGUCAAAAAAAACAAACACCAAUACCUGUGGCAGGUAAACCCUGCUGAUUAUAUCAACCUUGCGCCCUAUUUGAAACAUAGCUCCACGCUUUAAGUGGUGGGAGGUUAAAAAAUUACACAACA